AUGGAGGGUGCCGCAUUGCUAUUAAUAUUUCUACCGUGUUUCGUCUCUUGUGCCGGGGAAGGGAACAUAUGGCUUUUGGAAGAAGAAGUGGCUACUGCAUUAAAGUAUUGCUUUACUCCUAGAGAGGAACACAAUACAAAUAACCAGCGUCAACGCCGCUCCGAAAAUUACUCACGAUUAGACAGUCCAAGGCAGAUAAAUCAAUAUGGACACGAGAUAAGAAACACAAGCGAUUUACGAGAACAAAACAUUUCUGUUCUGAAUGCAACUGAUUAUGAUUACGGCGGAUACGGAACAGGGAGUGGAGGUGAAAAAUUGGUCACAUCAGCUCCACGGAUAGCUAGUAAAAACCUUUCUAAUGAAACUAUUAAUGGUAACACUGGAAAUACUAUUUCUAAUAGAACUAAACGAAGCGAUACACUAUUAAAUAAAGCUGAUUCUGAUCAGUGUUUGAGCCAGUGUGUAUUUGCCAAUCUGCAAAUAGUGGACUCUCAAGGAAUACCACGUGAAAUUGAACUUUGGAACAAAGUACAGUCAUCGGUUACCUCGCAACAGUCUCGUACUGCUUUGAGAGAUCAAAUAAGAGCGUGUUUUCAAGAAUUAGAAACAGAAGAAGAGGAUAAUGGUUGCUCUUAUUCGAAUAAACUAGAUCGGUGUCUUAUGUUGAGAUUUUCUGACAGAACGCCAAACGAAAAUACGAAAAAAGCAGAGAAUUAAAAAACAAUAAUAUUAAUUAAGCAUUAAAGACUUAAUUAUUAAGGAUAAAUAAUGUUAUUAUAAUUACAUUUACCUAUAGUAGGUAUUGUUAUUUUAUACUAUAUACCUAUAAUAAUACCUAUUACAGAAAUAUGAUACAGGAUUGUUACUAAUUUAAUUUAAAUUUGUUACUAAUUUAGUGCUUUGUAAGUAGGUUUUGUUUCACAAAUAUGUAGGUAAU